GUGCGCCGCGCCCAGUCCGGGCUGGGUGGGCGGGGCUAGGCUUUCCCGAACAGUGGCGGACAGAACCGAAGCGGGGAAGGGGGAGAAGGCGGAAAGUGCCGAGCAAGCCCGAGCGACCUCGGCACGUCGCCAGUCCCGGGAGUGGAGGAAACGAGGCAACUUUUCCAGUGAUCUUUUCUGCGGAGUUGGAAAGGCAGCGCCGGAGGUCUCGACGACAACAUGGGAGCGUGCCUGGGAGUGUGCUCGUUGCUGAGCUGCGUGUCUUGUCUCUGUGGCUCGGCCCCUUGUCUCUUGUGCGGCUGCUGCCCUUCUACAAGGAACUCAACGAUAACCCGCCUGUGUUUCACCUUGUUCCUGUUCCUGGGCACCUUGGUCUCGAUUAUCAUGAUUAUUCCAGGAGUAGAGGCUGAACUCCACAAGCUUCCUGGCUUCUGUGAAGGGGGUGCAUCGAUUAUUGGCACCGAAGGGAAAGUCAACUGCAAAUCCUUCCUAGGCCAUAAAUCUGUGUACCGCAUGUGCUUUGCGACGGCAGCUUUCUUCUUCCUGUUUGCCUUGAUGAUGAUGUGUGUGCGGAGCAGCAAAGAUCCACGAGCCUCGAUACAGAAUGGGUUCUGGUUCUUCAAGUUCCUGAUACUGAUUGGAAUAACGGUGGGGGCCUUCUACAUCCCUGAUGGAUCGUUCACCUCUGUUUGGUUCUACUUCGGCGUGGUCGGCUCCUUCCACUUCAUCCUCAUCCAGCUCAUCCUGCUGAUAGACUUUGCCCACUCCUGGAGUCAGAUCUGGCUGCACAACGCAGACGAAGGCAGUGCCAAAUCCUGGUACGCAGCCCUCUUCUUCUUCACCUUCCUCUUCUACGCCGUCUCCAUUGCAGCUGUCGUGCUCCUCUAUGUAUAUUACACAAAACCAGAUGACUGUACAGAAAACAAGGUGCUCAUCAGCCUCAACCUCAUCUUCUGCAUUAUGGUCUCUGUGUUGUCCGUCCUGCCCAAGAUCCAGGAUGCUCAGCCCCACUCGGGCCUGCUCCAGGCUUCUAUCAUCACCCUGUACACCAUGUUCGUCACCUGGUCAGCUCUCGCCAAUGUGCCAAGGAAAGACUGUAACCCCACCCUUCUGGUACGAGUGGAGAACAACAGCACAGCAGGUGUGACAGCUGGUGAACCACUAACACAAUGGUGGGAUGCGCCGAGCAUUGUGGGACUGGUGAUAUUUGUCCUGUGCACGCUCUUCAUCAGCAUCCGAUCCUCUGACCAUGCCCAGGUGAAUAAGAUGAUGCUGACAGAGGAGAGCCCAGGAAUGCUGAGUGGGGACAGCCCGACCUUAGAAGAUGGGGUGCACCGGGCUUACGACAAUGAGCAAGACGGAGUGUCUUACAACUACACCUUCUUCCAUAUCUGCCUUUUCUUGGCCUCCCUCUACAUCAUGAUGACCCUCACCAACUGGUACAGACCUGAUGAACAUCACCAAAAGCUCACUAGUCCAUGGACUGCAGUCUGGGUGAAGAUCUCUUCUAGCUGGACCGGCCUUCUCCUCUACGUGUGGACCCUGAUUGCACCUAUCGUGCUUCCAGAUCGAGACUUUAGCUGAAAAAAAACGUUCCUCAACACCUCAGAAGCUAAACAGAAUGUGUUUCUCGGCAGAAAGAAAUAAGAAUAUCCUGGUUCCUUGACUUGAAUUUAGAACUCGGCUCCAGUCCCUCUAGGCAUUGGAGCUGUCUGCCAUUCUCUUGCUCUUCUGCAUUGAUUUGUGCCUUUCCCCCUGCUUUGGUUUUUAUUUCAAAGGAAAAGGAUGCCAAAAAGGGAACCUCUGUUGCUUGUGUGAAAUGCUGGAUGAGUAAGGAAAUAGAAUAGGAAGGUGUUUAUUGCUGUUGGCCGUGACCUUGGAACAUGUUCUGGAAUAACUAAAGAAGUCCAUGACAUCCUACACUGUCUUUGUUUCUAAAGAAUGUUCAGAUGAAUGUAGCUGUUUUAAAGUAAGUCUCUACCAAUAUGCCUUAUCCUUGGAAGCCUUUUUUUAAAAUAAAUAAACCUAUGUUCCUUUUGAUAUGCAACUUUGAUGGGAAAAAAGGUUGCAAUAAAUGGGCAGCUUUUGAGAAUCAAA